GAAAUCAAGAAGAGAAGAAAGACUAUAACGAACUCUUCGAUAAUAAUGUUACGAUGGAAGAGUCUUUGGACACUCUACUAGAAGACCACGAACCUGGCAGGUUGGAACGCAGGCCUUCCGAGAAAAACCUGAGCCAGAUGCAUUUCACGCCGAAACAGGGCAGGAUCCUCUCGCGGUUGCUGACGCACACGCAUCUUCCAGGUUUGUCCAGUUUGGACCAGAUGCACCUGCUCGCUUUGGCUGACACUGUGUCAACGUGCAACACGGACUUGGCCGAACGGUUCGCUAUCGACGCAGCCAAAUCCGCUAUGAUGAAAGAGAAUCCGAUGGGCCAGAAGGAAGAUCUGCUGACAGACAAUCUGGACGAUUGCGGGCUGAGGUUUUUGUUGGCAAUGAAGCAUUAUGGGUAUUUGCUGAGAUGCUUGCCGAUUGCUCAACGGACGCAGUUCCAGAAGCAGGGAGUCGGCAACAACAAUCUAGCUUGGGCUUUCCAUUCGGAGAGCCAGGAAGAACUUCUCAACUUAAUUCCAAGCUAUGCCAAGGGCGAACCUACCUGGCCUCAUCUCAAAGAACUCGGCAUUGGAUGGUGGAUCCGGAACUUGAAUCUUCUGAAGCAAUGCAUCCAGGUUCUCGCUAAAGCCGCUUUCCAAUCCAACCAAGAUCCGAUGGAUGCUGCGCUCUAUUAUAUCGCGCUUAACAAGAAAAACCUUUUGUGGGGUUUGUACAGAUCGAAACGAGACGAAAGAAUGACUGCUUUCUUCUCAAACAACUUCUCGGAAGACCGAUGGAGGAAGGCGGCUUUGAAAAAUGCUUACGCUCUUCUCGGUAAGCAACGAUUUGAUCACGCGGCUGCGUUCUUCCUGCUGGCAGGCAAUUUGAACGAUGCCGUUGAGAUCUGUUUGAAUCGGUUACAUGACCUUCAGCUGGCCAUAAUCAUCGUGAGGUUGUACAAAGGGGAUGGGGAAGAGCUGAAGUCGUUGUUACAGAGAGAAAUAUUAGGAUGCGAUGUUAAUGGGGAAAACCAAGACUUGUCCAAAGCUCAUCCGGAUCCAUUCCUUCGAUCAAUGGCACUGUGGUCCCUAAGAGAAUACCACGCAUCGCUUGACACCCUUCUGGUCGGCAACGCUGGCCACCUCCAUCCGGCGCACGAUGAAGAAACGAGAGAGACCAAAGAGGCAGAUCCGAACGUUUUCAAUUUCUACGUGUAUCUCAGAACGCAUCCGUUGCUUGUGCGUCACCACCUCGCCAACUACGGCAAGAAGAAGGUUUGGGUUCCUGGCGGGAAGCAGAUCGUAAUCGACGAAUGGAUUACCCCUCUGGAGAGGCAGUUGUACUUCGCAACUGCUCAUGGACAUUUUAGGGCUGGCUGUCCCGCUCUGGCUCUGGAGGUGCUAUCCAAGCUUCCGCAUGUCGUUUCAGAAAGACCGAAGAGCAUUUCUGUGGAUUCUGGCAAAGGUAAGGAGCAGGAACAAUCGGAAAUCAUCACUGGAACGAUAAAUUGGAACGAAAAGCCAGUCCGCAGUUGUGACCUCGACUGGGGAGCACCCGUAAGCGACUCCACUGUAAAGACGGACGAUUUCGAAAUAAAAUGGAGCGACGAUGAAGGAGAGAAUGAAUCCGCAGAUUCCGACGAAGGAUUGAAUAUGACCAUCGGCAGCAAAAAAGAGGAUCCCAGAAACGAAGACGACGAGGAUGAAGACGAAGAGGAAAAGCAACAGCACAUUGAUAUUAUGGCUCAGCAACUGAAGUUCGUCGCUUGUUUGAAAAUUCUGAUGGAGGAGUUGUCGACAUUGGCCACUGGUUUCGAAGUUGACGGAGGUCAGUUGAGAUAUCAGUUAUACAUGUGGUUAGAGAAGGAGGUCGAAGCUUUGAGAGAGUUGUGCAACUACACUUCUGGUGAAAACGAAAUGGCAGAUCUGGAACAGCCCCCAGAUCCAGAAAAUGCAGGAACCAUAGAACCCUCCAGUGCUAAACCCACCCUACACGAAAUACUGGUCCAAGAAAAACUAGAUUUUGAAGCAAAAGUACAGAGAGCGGCCAAAAGAAAAUGUUGGCUGAGAGCCAAUGAAACUUUGUUGCGAACACUUUUGAGUUACUGCUCUUUGCAUGGCGCAACCGGCGGUUUGGCAUCCGUUCGAAUGGAGUUGAUGUUGCUGCUGCAAGAGCUGCAGCAAGAAAAGACCCACCAGCAACUACUGAGCCCGCUACCUUUCCCCACUAGUCUACCUCUUCUGGCGGCCAGCGUAGCUAGCAGCAAGACAGUCGUUGCCGAUCCUAUAAGAUACCUCCAAUGUCUGACGCAUGAUAUGUUGCAAACGCUGGUGGAGAUGUCACAACCGAGCACAAAUCAGAGCCAGCUGUUGGUGAUGAGAGAUUUGGCCAUUGCUCUUUCUGCCUGUAUUUAUCAGUCGUUGUGCGAUUCUGAUACCUUCAAGAAUUCCUUGCAGGAAGCCCAGGAGAUCGGCGCGACUCAUCUAGUAGGACGUAGAAGACGUAUUUCGGUAAAUGAAGGCCACAACAUCAUAACUUUACCAUCGAAAUGGCCUGGCGUCACCAGCUUGCGAGCUCUCCUCGCCCGGGAGAAGGACGAAGAUACGCCAAGAUUAACUGUCGUUCUGUGCGAGGCGUUCACCGCCGUCUAUAUGGCUUUGCUCCUUUAUGGAUUGGUCACCUGCGAUUGCAUUAUCCUCUUUCACGUUACUGCGCAUUCAUUCGAUUCGGAAGUUUGGGGAAAGUUAUUCGGCGGAGGCAUCAAGAAACUUCUUAGAACUGCCAGUAUGACUGGCAGCACGACUCACCCACAAUAUACAACUCAACAGAGCGUCCAGACACCCACUACUGAAGAAGCAAGCGGUCCAACGACUUGGCUUGGCAAGCAGAGAGUCAAGUUGAACACGAAGCUUCUCGGCCAACAACCGUCGCAUAUGAAAGAGGAUAAGCCAACGUACAGGGAGCAGUUCAUACCUCCCGAAAUGAGUAUCUUGGCAUUUUUACUCCAGAAGCCAAAUGUUGGUAAUUACAUUGAGGAAGUCGAGAGUGAAGUUGAGGAAGAGGAUGAAGACGAAGAUGUUUUUGACACUCCAGCCAAAUCUGUUGUCAAAACAGUCAACAACGAACAUUCAGAUCCGAACUCGUAUUCCUGGCUAGUGCUGAGAUUGGCCAUUUUGAAGAUCGUUCAUAGCAGGAUUAAUGAUUUUUUGGCAGUUGCUGGAUUAGAAAUUUCGGAACUUCCUGUGGCCAGUCCUCUGAUACACAGUAGCCUUAGAAAAUUGAAUUGUUGGCAGGAAAUGCUUCGCAAAGAAUUGGAUAACAGACAGACGCCUCCAGAAUACAUUCCCGGAUGUUUUGUAGAAAACACCAGCGGACCAGCCAUCCAAAAAUACCG